UGACUCGUUAGCGUUGUACCAGAGUGAGCUGCAGCCUAGCACUGCUGCUCAGGGAUAACCGGUUUUAACCCAUGUACCGUUAGCUGUGUCGUAGCUGUGUAUAGCACUAAGGUAAUGUCUGAAGUAGAUGUUCGUGCGGCUGCUCCAUCAUGAUAACUUGCCAGUUAGACCCGUCGAUAAUCACCGUAAAGGGGCUAAUAUCCCGGGAAAGCUCGAACUGCGGGCAGCGCGGCCCUGAUGCGGUUGGAUAUCCGACAUACAGGAACUUGAGGAUGGGAGCAGGUGGAGGGCAAGCGUCUUUAAGGCAAAGUCAACCAAGGAAAUUUCCUGUUAUACAACCUUUGAGCAAGUCCAGGGACGCGAAACCUCAGCUGACUGGCUUCAUAAUUGGAGGGACGCCUACUUUAACCAAAGAUGACAAGCUGGAGUUGCAAAACACCAACCCAGAGAGGGAUCUCAGCGGGAGGCGCUUUCUGUUAGAUAGAAAAUGUGUGAUGUUAGAGAGGACCAAAACUGUGAUUCCUCCACUGCCAAGAGACUACCAUGUGCACAGACCUGGUAACCUCCCAUCCUUCAGCCUCUCUAAGGAGCUUUCCCACAGCCACACAGGGCGACCCUUCACCCUGGGGUACCCUGAAAGCUAUAAACUGAACACAAAUCCAGCCGUCCUCAUUCCCUCAGCUUUAGUCCUCAGUGGCAGAAACACCUUUUCGGUUGAGAACUGCAAGCUUGGCAGGCCCAAGGUGAAAUAUCCAUCGUUCAACGUAAUGACUGUUAAAAACAAUCAGAAAAGCCAGUCCUAUCCGGACCCAAUAGCUGGAGCCUCUCGCUCUUACAUCCACAGGAUAUCUGAGCUGUCCUCUCUGGAGGGCGAGACGGUGAGGCAGGAAAAGCUCAAGAAAAUGAGAAAACCUCGAAAGACUCCAUCCUGACAAUCACCUCCUUCCCAGUCACACUGGUCGAGGUUAAAAACAUUCGAGUCUGUGCCAACGACGGAACAGAAUAAACCACUUAGGGCGCCAUGUUCA